GCAGGCUUCCGUAGGCAACAAGAGCGAAGGGACCUGCUCACAUCCUCAUCCUCUGAGCAUCUUUCUAUGCUUUCCUACCAUCUUUACCCAAACAAUCACAGUACGAUGACGGGAAAUCUGGAAAAGCUGCAGUUACAUUCUUUGCUUUGGGUUCGGGUAUCUUUACGGGUCGGGUUCGGAUUUUGGCUCAACGUGAGGCUGCUUCCUUGAUGAGGAGGAGAGGACGUAACAGUCUGCGCGUUCACACAAAAAGAGCACAGUUAUCCCGAGCAGAUCCCGAUCUGAACCUCCUGCUUGUAAGAGGGUUUCUUCAGUGAAUGCAACGUAGGUUUGUUUUUUUCCUCGGUUAAUGUGAAGAGAACCAGAGAAACCUGCACAGAUACAACAUGAAGGUUUGUGACUCCCUUCUUGGUGCCAUGAGAGAAAAAGCCUUCCCAAUGGACAUACCAGCAGAUACUCUUCACCGAUGAACAUUUGUGCCAUCAAUCCAUUCACCAGUCAUUUGGAAAUCAUCAACAUAGGAAACAUAUCUUUGACGUCUUGAACUGUGUUAAAAAUGGAGAACCUCAAUGCUUCUGCAGCCACUUGGCACAUCCACAUGUCAGGAUAAGUGGAUUUUCAGAGAAGAAUCUUUUACCAUCAGAACGUCUUCUGCAAAAUAUGUUGGUGAAAAUGACAGACCCAAAGUUUAUGCUGAAGUCAGUGAACUGAGUAUCAACAAUCCACAUGAGCUCAUAAGUGAUUUAGCAGCAGCUGAUAUCACCUGCAGAAACAACAAAUUAUGAGGGCACUCAUCUAGCCGCGCCACGCCAGCGUUGCCGUGGCUGGUCGUCUCAGGACGGCCACUUCUGUCUGCCAUGACCCGGCUGAUGUUGGGCCGGACUCUGGAGCGCAUCUGCAAAGGUGUCCUGCUGCUCUGCCUGCUCCACUUCCUCAUCAUGAUGAUCCUGUACUUCGACGUCUAUUCGCAGCGGUUCGACCUUUUCAGCCGCUUCAACAACGGCAGAAACGGGUCCAGGAAUAACGGGAGCGGAACGGGCAGCGGACAUCAUUAUUACUACUACAACCUUUCGAGACCAAAUGCGACAUCAGCCACCUACCUGGCCGCUGCCGAGCAGCUGGUCCCGAGCUUGCAGCCUGAGAACAAUCAGACACCUUCUCCCAAACCGCUGCCACCGUGUCCGGAGAAUCCACCAGGCCUCGGUGAGUAGCGACUUCCAUUCCAUCUCUGCUGAAUUUCUUGUGGUGCUUCUGUGCUCCGAUUGCUUCUGCAGAUUAAUUUGGUUUGUGGCACAACAUACGACAAAGGUUUA